UUCGGCAUCAUUUGAAAUUGAACGAGCGUGAGCGAAACACAUACGCACUUCGAGGCAUCUCUUCCCAGUGAAGACUCAUUCCAUUUAUCUAAGAAAAUAAUUAAAAGAAGAGCAAAAACAUGUCGCUGCUACCAUUCUUGUUUGACUACGAGUUGGAGCGUCCUCGCCGCCUGAUGGACCAGCAUUUCGGCCUCGGUGUCUCUCCUGACGACCUCCUGUCUCUCGUGACCGGCCCGAGCAUCAGCAGGGACUACUACAGACCCUGGCGUCACCUCGCCGCUGCGGCACGCGACGUCGGCUCCAGCAUCAAGGCCGACAAGGACAAGUUCCAGGUGAAUUUGGAUGUGCAGCACUUCGCCCCUGAGGAGAUCUCUGUUAAGACCGCUGACGGGUACAUUGUGGUUGAAGGCAAGCAUGAGGAAAAGAAAGACCAGCACGGGUACAUCUCUCGUCAGUUCACGCGCCGGUACGCGUUGCCCGAAGGUUGCACUCCCGAGACUGUGGAGUCGCGCCUGUCGUCUGAUGGUGUGCUGACCGUGGUGGCUCCGAGGAAGGUCCCGCCAGCAGUGGAGGGCGAGCGCAAGAUUCCCAUCACUCAGACCGGACCAGUGCGCAAGGAAGUGAAGGAUCAAGUCAAUGGCGACCAGGCUUAAUUUAUGUGCAUUUUUCAUUGUGAUUUUUUUUAAGACUGAUUUCUUUUAAGUUAAAAUACAUUUGUAGAAGCUUUA